UCGGCGCCUUCAACUUGCCUGCACCGCGCCAGUCUGGGCCUGAAGCAUUUAGCAUCGUGCCCGGUGCUUCGGAGGCUACCCCACGCUUUGCUCGCAAACGUUGGGUACAGCUGCCACAGCCCGAAGAAGAGUUGGACAAAGCUGAGUGGUGGAGUGAGGGUCCAAGUGACAGCACGCCCGAUCAAGCACAAAAGCACUUAAGGCGCACAUCAUUCUCGGGAUCGCUACCGAUAUCUCGGCGAAAGCAUAGUCGAGGACACCGGUCUCGGGGGAGUAACCAAACCAUCAGCCAGCAAUCGUUCUGGAACGAUUUGCGCCGCCAAUCCGACGAGAUGUCGAGUUUGUUUGCGUCUCGCUGGGCGGCAACACCCCCGGCCGAUGAGACACCACAGAAGGAGCCGGCUCCCAGGUUCCACCCACCGACAGGCGCAGAGAUGUCGCCGCCAUCCGAGCCAGACCAGAAGAAAAUCGAACCAGGGAUCUUUGCAUCACGAUGGGCGGAUACGCCAUCUCCUGUUGACACUGCAAAACUCGAAGCCGAGUUUCGCCAACGAUUGACUGGUGGAAAGGUGGACAGUACUGCGGAUAAAAGUGAUGACAAGUCCGAGGGUGCAACUCGGGUGGCUGGUGGAGACAUCGUUGAGCAAGGCACUGCCAACGAAGGACCAGCCAGCAAUGAAGACACCCUGCCAGACACCAAUGCGUCCGAGGUUGGAGCAGCCGACAAAGCUCAACAUCAUGUUCUCAGUUCAUCACCAUUGAGUCCAACUAAAUCUCGUCUGGAUGCCCCACGCUUCAGUAAGAAAAAAGUGAGCUGGCGGGGAAAGACGUGCGUGAUCUCGAUACCCGAUAUCGACUACAAUGCCUCGCGACUGGCGGAGCCUUCGAGCCUUCAAGAGCACCAAGAGCGUUUGAAACGUCUGGAGGAUGCUGGAUACGACAUCUCUGGGUUUGACAUGCCUGCAGUCGCGGACGACUCGCAAGGUGCAGUCCAUGCGAAGUCAAUUUUUCCUGAUGAAAACGAAUCGCGAGCUAUGUUGCGCCAACGGGACUUCAAGAUCAUGCUGCCGGAUCUGGAUAAGUGGGCGGCAUACAUGGAUUUCCUGACGGAGCAAAAACUAGCUGCGCUAGGAGUGAGCAGUGGACCGCUGGAGACAGCUCCAACUCCCUCCCAGGAUGUCUCGAGACAACUCUCUGGGCAGUAUCCGCCAUUACCAUACUCCCCACCAAUCCCCACCGGCUCUGCAGCAAUCCUAGGCCGACCGGGAAUGGUGCGUGGUCACUCACACGCAAUGUCCGUGGUAUCGCCCAUCUCCCCGGUCAAUGCGCCAUUUGGACACGCUCAUCGGCACUCUGUCUUUGCGAGUCCCUUCGGCUUUCAGCAGAUCCAACCGCCUAGCUUCAAUGCUCGGUCACCGCUAGAGCAGCAGUAUUCCCCACCAUCCCUGGUUUCUGGACUGCGAUCCGUGUCUCCUCAGGGUCAGUUUGCGAUCCCUGGUUCUACACGUGUUGUUGCAGAGGAGCAGGCAGGCGAACAGCAUGGCCAACAUCACACGCCUCGACAGCCUCAAUCGAUUGCAGCGGUCACACCGAGCGGCUCAGUUGCACAGCCCAAGCACAACCUGUCGCAACUACCGGAAGAAGCAGACGAUGAAGAAAAGCUCCUCGGAAAAUCAGAGCCCGCGGCGACAGAGCGUGGGCUGGAAUCGAAUGACGCAUACGUCCCACCCCACAAACGCGCCGAGUUCCAUGCGGAAAUCGCCACUCCUACGCCCCUUGGUCAUCGGCACAAUAUCAGCGAAGGCCUGGAGCGGGAACUCCUCGAGGCUGAAAAGCGCCAGCAAAGGCGAUCACAAGACUACAUCGUGGUUGAAGAGGAAAGCAGCGGGAGCGGCUCCGAUGAGCAAGCAACGCAGACGAAGAUCACGCCGGAGAAGGAUCCGCUCUCCCUUGGCUACGUUGUGCAAGAAUCUGCUGCCAGGACUCUGUCCACUCACAAGAAGACUGGCUCGCGCUUCAACGUAGCUGCCCCGGCAUUCAAAUUCAACCCAGACGCUUCCUUUCAGCCUGGUUCGACAGCAUUCACGUUUGGCUCCUUCACCUCAAAGCCUUUGCCUCCUGCCGGUCAUAAUCGUCGAAUCUCCUCGAGCAAUUUCAAUGUGGCCGCACCGGAGUUCAAACCCCUGGGAAUGCAAGCCAUGCCAAAGGCUGAGUUCAGCUUCUCCACUAGUGGGCCAUCUUUCAAUCCAAAGGCACCAGUCUUUGGGGCCCCCAAGCCGACAGAACCCGUCGCGGCCGCCUCCGGUCCGUCCAUCUUUGGAAAGGUAGAAAUCCCAGAGUUCAUCAGACCAGCUCAGCGAUCAAAGGCCGUGCCCAUCACAAAACCUGAAGAUCUCUCCGACGAGGAUUCCGAGUCUGAGUAUGAAGAUGAUGAGGGCCGCCUUGCACAAAGCGAAGAUCGCUUGAAGAGAGCGAGAAAGGUUGGUGACGAUGGAGACGAAGUGCCGAGAUUUGCGGAACCCACGCCAAUGCCAGCGUUUGCGACUGAAAGUCUGUCCGAGUCUCGGCCAGGGUUGAAUGACGAGCCACGUUCCACAUCGGAUGACCAAACGCGCGUCGGAGGUGCUGCCGAUAGCGAGGAAGAUGCAGUGUCAGGAGCUUCAGACACUGCCAACGACGCAUUCGAUUCCGAGUUUGACCGCACAUAUGACGAGAUCGAGCCGCAGGCCGCUUUACAUAAGCAUCGGCUUUCGAGCUCGCUCUCUGCUUUGGCGCAGCCUUUCCGGCCCCACCUGUCGGUCGAUGCGCCAGGCAGUGCCAGCAGAGAUGUCGAUGACAGCUUCAACCUACCGGAUGUGGACGAAGACGAAUCGCAAGACGACGAUGUACCAACGUCGCCCUUGAAACCGCGCGAGUCCGCUUCCAUUCCGGGUGGCGAGAGGCUGAGACAAUCUCCAGACCUACCAACAUACCAUGAGGGCUACGGCGAGCCGACUCACUACGAGCCUGAGCCGUCGUUCGCUGAAAUUGACGCUGUCAUGCGCCAACUGAACGAGAUCGAUGGCAAUGAUGAUCUUCCAGAGCCUCGCGCACUUUCGCCCCUUCCCAGCUCUGAACUUCCUGUGAUGAGUGGCGUGACGUACUUACCGGGAGUGGAGCGAAGCGCCGCCCCUAGCCCAAGUCCACGGCGUAGUGAAUACGCUCCAGAGGCCCCAGGCGACUCUUCCUUCACCAUACAUGAACGUACGGACAGCGGCGAGCAUGUCGUUGGCGGCUGGUCUCAGGUCAACCGCUUGAACAAGGCCGCGGAGGUUCCAACAAGCGACUGGUCUGCCGAUUUCUCUGCGCACGAUGACGAUAAGCUGCAUCAGAGGAGCAACUUCUUAGAUAGCCAUAUCGAUAAUCUGAUCGGUGGAUUGCUGGAGCGACGACUUCGACCGCUAGAGGAGAGCUUGCAAGCCAUCCACAGCUCCAUUGACAGGCGUCCGACAUCGCGCGACCUGACUCAAAAACGCAGCUCGUCCGCAGUGGACAGCGAUGCCGAUGACGAGGACGAAUUGUCCGAAGAGCAGCGCCAGCGUCCAAUCUCUCGUGGUAAGGACAAGAGAGUCGAUCAAAUCAAAGCGGCCGUGGCGGAGGCACUACGGGAGCGAAGUCCGGCACGCCCCUCGCAGUCGUUGUUCGACCUUCAAGACCUUCAUUCGUAUCUGGUAGACAUGAAGGCCUCGUUUGCACAGGCAGCCUCGUCGGGCUUCGACUUGGACGAGGUCCGUGCUAUUAUCGAGGACGCUAUCAACCGACCCAGAGACGAAGAUGACUUUCUCCGACGCGCUGCAGAGGAGCGUGAGGCCGAGACGCGGAAAGCACUACAUCUUGCAGAGGAAGACCUUCGAUCUUUGCGGCAUACAUCGCACGAGCAGCACUCGAAGCUGAGUGCGGCCGAGCGGGAAAAGCUUGAGCUGCUGCAGCGGAUCGAAGCAGCGGAGGAAGCCCAGAGCGAUUUGGAGCAUCAAGUCAAGACGCGGGAAGCGGAGAACACUGCUACAUAUGCCACUUUGGAAGAGUAUCGCACGUCGAGCCACAAGUGGCGACAGCGCAUUGACGAAUUGACCGCCGAACGCGAGGAGCGGGAAGAUCAUCUCAAGGAGGUCAAGCACCAACUCAAGGAACAUCAACAAACGAGCACAAAGUUGCAUAACGAUGUUUCCGAUGCUCGGAGAGAGCGGGAUGAUCUUGAAGCCACUGUUGUCAGCCUCGAGCGCGAACUUGAACAGUCUCAAGAGUCGACUAGCGGGAUGAGAAGGCGACUUGAGAAGCUCCACUCGGACAUCGCCACCGCAGCGAGUCAACUGGCGAGCGAGAAAGAGGCUUGGCGGGCGAAGGAAGAUGAGUACAGAAUGAGGUGUGAAUCCUUGGAGGCGCAGAGUGGUGCUGAUGUCCAGUCUCGUUCUCAGUCUGAGGAGGAAGCUCGAACUGUUAAGGAGAAUGCCCAAGAGGCGCUGCAGGAGACGGUGCGCUCUCUGCAGGCCGAGCUGGCCGAACAGAAGCUGCUCACUCAACGAUUCGAGCGCGAUCAUGGCGAAGCCAAGGAAGCAGGUCGUGCCGAGACUGAACGCGUGCAGAGGUCACUCGAAGCUGCCAAUCAACAAAGUAAUGUGGUGCGAGCUGAACUUGAGGGCGAGCUCUCCAAGCUACGGCUGGAACUGGGCAACGUCAAGACCCAAGCAGAGUUGGAGAAAGAUCGUCAUGUGCGCAUCCUCGAAGAAGAGCACGAAGGACGACGAGAAGCUCUGCGCAAAGUCAACGACGCGCAUAGUGUGGCUUUGAACGAUGCACAAGAGAAGCACGAGACAUUCAUGCAACGAAUGCACGCCGACCACGAACGAGCUCUCGGCCAUGCGGUUGAGGACAAGCAGCGCGCCGAAUUCUUCUUGAAUGAGCGCCUAGCACUCUCGGACUCGAAAUUGCAACACUACCAGGAUAAGGUACUACAUCUCGAGGAGCGGUUGCAGAUUGCAAAGUCUGCGGCACAGGCUGCCGCGAUGAGUGCGCAAUCUAGAGGUCUACCGAGCACCGCUACUAAGACCUCGACGCUGCCCGACAAGAUCUCACCACAGGCGCUCCGAGAAUCUAUUCUUGUUCUACAGGAACAGCUGCAAGACCGCGAAGCUCAGAUUGAGAAGUUACGAAAUCACUCCGAGACCGAAGCGUCGGCGAAGCUGAAAUCGCGUGACGACGAGAUCGCGUGGCUGCGAGAGUUAUUGGCGGUGCGAGGUGAGGAGCUGACCGAUCUGGUCAAUACCCUUGCCCAGCCGACGUUCGAUCGCAACGCUGUGCGCGACACCGCAAUCAGGAUCCAAGCAAAUCUGCAGAUGGAGCGGCAAGAGAGGGACAGGCUUAGCCAAAGCCCGCAGACCCUUCCCGAGCAAGCAAUUGCCAGUCUUUCGAGUUUCGCCACGCCAAAGGCCGUCCAGCUCUCCUCGGCUUUCAACAAGUGGCGAAGCAACAUGGAGAGCGCGGCGCUCAAGAACGCCCAACAGCAACAACUGAAUCGCGCCCGCCGCGCACAAGCUUAUACCCCUUCUAAAGCGGCUCAUACCACCACCGCCAUCCCAGCUGGGUAUGCGUCGGGACUCAUGACGCCUCCGGCCUCGAAUCUGCGGAAUACACCGAGCCCGGAGCCUGGUGUUGCCAUUUCAGCUCCUCAGCUGGACUCCCGACCGGGCACACAGUCCAAGAGUCAGGCACCCUCAGCCGCAUCGAAAGCGGGAGGCAGGCACGCAUCUUUCACGUCCGAGGGACCAACAACGCCUCUUUUGCGAUCCCAAUCGUACGACCUGGAUGCAGAGGAAGGCCACGUACACAUGCAGGACCUCGACGACGGCCUCGAGGAUGACGACCUCGACGAUAUGGCCGACCACCAACCUCCAGCGUUCCGCAAUCUGGAAGCCGAGCUUGGUGAUGCUGGCGAAGGGUCGACAUAAUCUCACCACGAGUGUGCAUGCUGAUACAUCAUUUUCUUUUCAUUUGUUCGAACAUGGGGAGCCGGAGAAUGUCGAGUUGAGCUAGGAUGCUUCAUCGACAUCUCUUCAGUGACGGCGGAGGAGGAGGACGCUUGCAUUUUCGAUGGCGCAUGCGCAAGAUACCCCCUAGACUGAUCGCUUCCUUUCUGAUUCGUAGAGACUGACCAUAUUUGUGUAAAAUUGUGUUUAUACCAAUCUUUCCUCAUCAUUGACCAACUGCUGGUGUUCCCAUGCUGGCCUAUUCGGCCGAGUGCAAAUCGAUUACAUCACUUCGCGCGUUUCAGAUCCAAUAAGUUCCCGCGUCACUGCCACAGCUGCGCGACCACCUUCCCACCACCUCCCUCCAAGAUGCUACUUGGACUCCUCUUUCACCCCUCGACAAUGCCUUGAUCGCUCGUUUCGG